AUUAUUUGUAAAGACCGAAGUCAAAAUCCAAAUGUGUUGAUUCCACUUGCAGCAUGAAUUGUUUUACUCUUUCUUCUCAUUAUUUGACUUGUGAUUUUGAGCACUUCCCCCACUCAUUCACUUCCUACUUAUAAAACCUUCUCAUUUUCAUUGAAAGUCCCGUCCCCCAAACAUCACCAUGAAAACAGUUAUUCUCCUUCUUCUAAGCUCCUUCAUUCUCUCUAUCGGCUCUUGCGGUGGCCCCCUUUUGCUCCGCCUCUACUUCAUCCACGGUGGCCAACGUAUCUGGUUCUCAAGCUGGCUCCAAACAGCUGGUUUCCCCAUCAUCCUCCUCCCUCUCACCAUCACUUACAUUCACCGCCGCCGUCUCACCAACCGAUUACCACCUUCCACCUCACCCCAUAAACCCACCUUCUUCACCAUCAAACCUCGUCUCUUCCUCACCUGCGUGGUAAUCGGCAUCCUCUCCGGCCUCGACAGCUACCUCUACGCCUACGGCAUGGCUCGUCUCCCUGUUUCAACAUCUUCGCUAAUCAUCGCCACCCAGUUGGCAUUCACCGCAGGGUUUGCUUUCGUGUUGGUUAAGCAGAAAUUCAACUGGUAUUCGGUGACCGCUGUGGUGUUGUUGACGGUUGGGGCGGGUAUUUUAGCGGUGCACAGUGGUGGUGACAGGCCAGUGAAUGAAUCAAAUCGGGAGUAUGUUAUUGGGUUUCUCAUGACGCUUGCUGCGGCGGCGGUGUAUGGUUUUAUAUUGCCAUUGAUAGAGUUUGGUUACAGGAAAGCAAGACAACAAAUUACUUUUGGUCUCGUCAUGGAAACUCAAGUUGUAAUUUUACUGUUCGCCACUGGCUUUUGCACCGUCGGGAUGCUACUUAACAACGAUUUCAAGGCAAUUCCAAGAGAAGCAAAAGAAUACGAGUUGGGAGAAAUAAAGUACUACUUAGUGGUAGUAUUUAGUGCAGUGGUGUGGCAGUUUAAUUUAUUGGGGGUCGUAGGAGUGAUCUUCACUGCCUCUUCUUUGCUAUCCGGGAUUAUACUUGCAGUUCUAUUGCCAAUAACAGAGGUUUUGGCUGUCAUCUUCUACAAAGAAAAGUUUCAAAUACUCAAGGGUGUUUCUCUUGCCAUCUCUCUCAUGGGAUUUGCCUCAUACUUCUAUGGUGAGAUGAAGGAGAGCAAGAAACAGGCUAAAACUCCAAUAGCACAAUCUCAAUCAAUAGACAUUUUUCAAGUUCCUAAUCCGUGAAGGAACAUAAAUAAUUUGAAUUACCUCAAUUUUUUAUUGAGAGAAUUAAAUUUAUGAUGUAUUAAUUAAAUGUAGUCUUAUUUUUAAUGAAAAAUAAAUUCCAAGUGAAGAAG